AUGGAGGAAUCCGAAUAUUGUGAAAAAGUGCGGUUUAGGGUUGUACUCCAUCGUCCAGGUAAUUCGAGUGUUGAACAAGGGGCGAAAUUUAGCGAAAUCUCGGAGCAGGAUCAGAGCUUUGUUUACAUCGAGUCAUCGAGUAAUUUGUCUUCUCUUGCGGCGAAAUUUCUGCAACCGUUAUACGAGCAGGGUAGAGUCGAGGACAAGGAUAUACUCAAGGCUAGUAAUGUCAAAGGUGGGGGUAUUUCAUGUACUGUUUUUGAACAAAAAUUAUAAUUUUAUAGUUGUUUGGGAUGUGUUGUAUACUUUUGAAUAAAUAAUGAUUGGUAUUGGAUUACAUCCCUUCGAUAUAAUAGAGGUUCGGAUUUGCGUCACUCCGACCUUGGCCUAGGGACUCGCUCUCAUAAAUCAAGACGAAGGGCAAUUCACUUACACUUCCUAAUUAUUAAUUAAGAAUGAGGCUUACUGACCAAGGAAAAGCAGGUAGUAUUUCCAGUCAGCAGCAAAAAGUAGCCUUGAACCCAGGCCCUUAGUUUGCUGAUAGGUUGAGUGUUUACUGUGUUUUAUAUGGUGCUAAAUAUGGUAUAUAUUUAGCACCAUAUAUGGUAUAUAUAUAUAUUGACAGAUGAUAAUCAAUAUUACAUAUUAUGUACGUAUUUGCUAUCAAACACAAAGUCAGUACAUAUUGGGCUCUUGCAAGUGAUGUCACAAUACUUAUUGUUGACUUCCACCAUUUUGGGUUGCAAAUUAAAAAUAGUUAAUUGAAAGUAAACAUGGAGUCAAAGCAAGACUAUGGCACUGACUGCAGCUGUUGCUUUUGUUUGAGCACUUUAAAAAGUUAUGCUCCACAGUUAUGCUCCACAGUUGAAUAAAAUAUGUUCACCACUCAAAAUGGCGGAUUAUUUUUGAUGAUACGUCAUACUGAAAGACCUGAAUAGUGAACAAUUUAAUUAUUCAAAUAAUUUUCCUAAUUUAAAGUUGACUACCGUGUGCAGUGAAACCCACCAUACCUUCCUUUUGACUUUCUUGUAGUGUUCAUUCAAGUACGACCAACAUGGAAGCCAUUACCUCUUUCCAGUUUUGUUUACAAACAAAAUCAGUCAGAUCUAAGUUUGGAAACAGUUUUUGGGCCAUUGUUGUAUGUCAAUGACAGUGAGAUGGUUGUGCAUUUGCACCUUUGCAAUGAGUAAGAUACCUCAUGAUAUUUUUAGUUAACUAGCUUGCACUUUCACAAAACAAUUGUAAUUGUUGCUUUUUAAAUUUGCAUUAAAUUUAUUCCACUUUAUUAUUUUGACAAUCUGACUUUUUCAGAAAAAAUUGGACAGAUGAGACUGCACGAGAUGUUGUGAAGCAACUUUUGCAAAGUUACAGUCAAACACAACUAGAAAGAUUAAACUGCCCUUUUUCACAGGUGAGUAUUUGGAGCAGUCCGUCAGCUUGGCAUGUUUGCAGUCAGUCAGUUAGAUGGGCAGUAAGUCUGUUUAUCAGAAUCAGUCACUCACCCUGAUGUGCCCUACUUUAGUAUUUUACUCUGUCUAAUGCCAAACGAUUUUACUCAUCAAGUAGAGAGUGCUGCCACUCAAUGGGUUAACCAAACAAACUGCCCAUGCAUCUUCUUAACCCCUUAAGUGGCAAAGCACCCUGAUGCGCCCUACUUUAGUAUUUUGCUCUGUCUAACGCCAGACUAUUUUGCUCUGUCUAACGCCUGACAAUUUUACUUAUCAAGUGGAGAGUGCUGCCAUUCAAUGGGUUAAUCUAUCUGUCUGUCUGCACAACACUCAGUCAGAAUAUUGGAAAAUUGCUUUUUCCUUGUCUAGGGAAUGUUAUCCCAAAUCUCUCGAGACCAGUAUUACUGCAAGGUAUCAGCUGAGAAAAUCCGUCUUUUUGGUCAAUGGUACAAUGCCAUGAUGCUCUCAAAACCAGAAGACGCAGAUGACAAUGAAGAUAUGCCAUUGAAACGAGGCUCCUACGUAAUGCAACGUAGUAAGAAGAUAGUUUUUUCUAAAGAAGAGUUGCCCCUCCUUAGAGCUUCAUUCAAGGCACUGUCCCACCCCUCUACGCAAAGAAUGACCGAACUAGCUGAGGAAUUAAACAAGACAGAGUUUCGGAAAACCCACGGUAGAAAGAAAGUUGAUUUCUGUCACGUGAACAAUUGGUUUAAAAACGAACGAUCACGUGUCAGGAAAGGAAAUCACGAAUUUUCACAAGUAGCAUACAGGACAGAGUACAGUAUGCUGGGGUCUGGGACUGAGGGGGUGUUGUUGGGGAUCAAGGAGAGUGAGGACAAUGAAAUAACGAGUCCAGUGUCAUAG